AUGAGCACCGUCCUCAGUAACACCAUCUUCAACGAGCUCCGUCUGGAGGGAAAACUGUGCGACGCCGUGAUCACAGUCGGGAAUGUCGAGUUCAAAGUUCACAGGAUCGUCCUCUGCAACUGCAGCUCGUACUUCAGAGAUCUCUUCUGCAGAAAGCCGUCCCCAUCAGAGCAGCAGCAGGUCUACAAUUUCCCCCAGGGGUCACCUGACACCAUGAGCCUCAUUGUGGAGUUCGCCUACACCGGCUCCGUUGUGGUGACGGAGGAGAACGUGUUGGAGCUGUUGGUGGCAGCGGACCGCUUCGCCGUCAAGGCCGUCGUUCGGGUCUGCUUCGACUUCCUGGAGCAACAGCUCAGCCCGAUGAGCUGCAUCGACGUCUGGAUGUUGGCGGACUUGCACAAGUGUCCCGAGCUGAGGCAGAAGGUCUACCUCUACAUCCUGCAUCACUUCCAGGAGGUCGCCGGGUUCUCUGGGAAUUUCCUGCAGCUCUCUGCUCAGCAGCUGGCGGAUUUCAUCGAGAGGGACGAGCUCAACGUGAGGCGGGAGAGCGUCGUGUUCGAGGCCGUCCUCCGCUGGAUCGACUUCGCUCCUGAGGAACGCCAGGGUGACCUGACCAAGCUGCUGAGCAAGGUUCGCCUGCUGUUAAUAUCCAGUACGUACUUGGUCGAAACUGUGAGCACGAACGCUCUGGUGAGGAAGAGCAUGGCGUGCAUGACCCUGGUGAUCGACGCCAUGAAGACCCUGCAAGACUCAAAACUGGAGCGACCUCUGACCCGCACACGCCGGCCCUCUACCGUGCUGCUGGCCAUCGGCGGCUGGGAGAAAGAUACUCUGACCAACAGGAUCGAGUUGUACGACGUCCGAGCCGACCGCUGGACGAAAAUGAGCGUCAGCAUGGAGGACCGACGGGUGUUCCACGGUUGCGUCGUCCUCAAUGGAUCCGUCUACUGCAUCGGAGGCUAUGACGGCGGUGAUUAUUUAAGCAGCGUGCGAAUACUCGACCUCGUCACCCAAACCUGGCAAGAGGCGAGGCCGAUGCACAAACCCCGGCUCCAAGUCAGCGUGGUGGCGCUGAACGGCUGCAUCUAUGCCAUGGGAGGCUGCGACCAACUCGGGAAGCUCAGAACCACAGAGCGAUACCAGCCCGACACCGGACAGUGGACCAUGAUGGCACCGAUGCACGAGCAUAGGAGCGGCAACAGCGCCGCCACGCUGCACGGAAAGGUGUACAUUUUCGGUGGUGUCAACAUGGAUGAGCCUCUGUCGACUGCUGAGUGCUACAAGCCUCAGUCCAACCAGUGGACGCUCAUCAGCCCGAUGCUUAGUGGGUGUAAUGCAGCGUGUUCUGUCGCCUACAAAGACAAAAUCUACGUAGUUGGCGGUUUCAGCGUCGACUCACAUACAAACAGGGUCUUCAUAUAUGACCCACUAUCAAACGAGUGGAGCGAGGGGAACCCCAUGGUCAACGCUCGCUCCAGCUUUGGCAUCGCCGUGUUGGAGGACCAGCUGUACGCGGCCGGAGGGUUCGACGACCACGGCACCAUCUGUAAGGUGGAGCGCUACGAUGAGACGACCACCAGCUGGCACAUCGUCCGGGACAUGGAGAGGCCUCGAGGCGGCUUCAGCCUCUGUGUGGUGGAGCAAGACAUUUACUCUGCUGGACUAUCAGGAGAAGAGCCUCCAUGUCUGUGA